AUUCAAUUUUUAUAACAUUCCACCAGUGAGUUCUCCCACCUCCCUCUCCUCCAAGCUAAAUAGUAAAAUCUCAUUUAAGAUGCCGUCAAAUGAGCACCACCAGAUAAAGGUAAAUGAGUCUUUAGAACUGGUUCCAUUGGUGGACGAAAAGAUGGUGAAGAUGAUGAUGUUUAAUGAAAGCAGAAGAAAGUUGGGGACUUUCCAGAUAUGUGCUGCUUGUACAUGCUGUGGUGGAGCGAAAGGUGUUUGCUUGCCAUCCCCUUGUUGCUAUGCCAUCAAUUGCAACAUUCCAAACAGACCUUUUGGUUUCUGCUCCUUCACUCCCAAGACCUGGGUGAAAGAUGAUAUAGACAUGACAACAGGGUAUAGAGGUACAUUUGCAUUUGAUGUCUUGAGAAGAGUGUUCAAGGAAUCUCAUUGACCUUAUUAUGAGAAGCAGCCCAUGUGCUGCUUGUAAAAUGCUGUUAUUCUUUAUAUACAAACAAUUGGAUACGA